GUGUGUGUGUGUAUCCGUACAUGGUACUUCGUAUACGUGGUGUGGGGACUGGAUAUCCUCACUGUAGCACCCCCGUCCCUGUCAACCCAUGCCAUGCCAAGCCUGUCCACGUACACAUCCCAUGCUCCUCUCAUCCCACUCUUCCUCUCCUUCGGCAUCGAGAUGUCUCUCCUGAUCUGCCAUCAAGUGACCUGCCUGCCUGCGCGCUGCGCUGCGCCGCGCCUGUCGCUCUCGGUCCUGGCCGUGGUGCAACUAAUGGCGUAUCUUGCUUCUCGUCCCAUCUUCGCUGAUCCGCUUAGGCGUAUCCGUACCUUUCUUCGUCUUUUCCUUCUGCUGCUGCUGCUUUUUCUCCUUCUCCUUCUCUUUUUCACUAUCCCUUGCGUCCUUGUGGGGGAGGGGCGGUCUCGAUCUCGUCGGAGCUGGCUGCUCCUCAGAACAGGGCAAACUUGUCGGCAUGCUUUUCAGGCUGACGCAACGCAUUCAGUUCAGGAUGCUGCGCACAAUCGCAUCAGGGUUUCCAUCGCGGGCUCUAAUCCGCAAUGUCCUGUCCCGUCCCGUCCCCAGGAAGCCCGAAUUGCGACCACAGUGGCAUUAAACUGGCGCAAUCCGAUCUUCAGAAACACGAGAGACGCAGCCUAGUGUUUCCCAUUCCGUGCUUGGUUGGAAGUCUUUCCCUCUCACACUCGGCUGGCUUCAUGUUGUCCCGCUCGCUCACAGUGUGCCGCUGUCUGCUCCAGUCCCAAGUGAAACCCCUUCUGACCUCGCCUGGGUGGCUCCCAUGCACCCCUGUCCGCCCCGAAUCCCAACCUUUGGGGAACAACAACAACAACAACAACAACAACA